AUGAGUUACUUUUUGAAAUAUGUCGAAAUUGAUAAUUUCAAAUCGUACAAAGGACAUAUUGUUAUCGGUCCAUUACGAAAAUUUACAGCUAUUAUUGGACCAAAUGGAUCUGGUAAAUCAAAUCUUAUGGAUGCUAUUAGUUUUGUUCUUGGUGAACCAACAAAAAGUUUACGUGUCCGAAAAUUAUCUGAACUAAUUCAUGGUGCACCAAUUAAUAAACCUGUUAGCAAUCGUGCAUCAGUUUCAUUAAUAUUUGUUUCAAUUAAAACUGAUCGUCAUGGUGGACGUACUGAACAUGAAAAACGUUUUCAACGUUUAAUUGUUGGAAAUGCAUCCGAAUAUCGUGUUGAUAGUCGUCAAUUAUCCGCAACUGAAUAUACCGAAGAACUUGAAAAUAUGGGUAUUAUACCAAAAGCAAAAAAUUUCCUUAUUUUUCAAGGACAAGUUGAAUCAAUUGCAAUGAAAACACCAAAAGAAUUUACAGCUAUGUUCGAAGAAUUAAGUCGUAGUGGAGAAUUACGUGAUGAAUAUGAACAAGCUAAACAAGAAAAAAAUAAAGCUGAACAAGAUACACAUGCUAAUUUUCAAAAGAAGAAAGGUGUUGAAAAACAAAAGAAAGAAGUUCGAUUAGAAAAAGAAGUCGCACAAAAAUAUGCAGCAUUAAAAACUCAAUAUGAUGAAUUACAAUUACAAUUGAAAUUAUUUCAAUUAUAUCAUAAUAAACAAGAAUUAGUUGAAAAACGUGAAAUAUCUGAUAAGAAAAAAGAUGAAGUAGCCAAAUUAGAAAAACGAAAAGAAGUAUCUGAUGAAGAUAUUAAAGCGAAAAAGAAAGAAUUAGCUUCUUAUAAUAAAGAACUGACAAAUGAUGAACAAAAAGUGAAAGAAUUAGAAGCACAAAUUAAUAAACAUCGUCCAACUUAUAUUAAAGCGAAAGAAAAUUCAACGCAUCAUCAGAAAAAAUUGGAUCUUGCAAAAAAAACAUUACUGUCUGCUGAAAAAACUCAUGCGGCUCAUGAUGAAGAAAUUGAUAAAUAUGAAAGUGAUUUACAUGAAGUUGAACGUUUAAAACAAGAAUAUGAAGAGAAAUUACAAGAUGAAUCACAACAUAGUGGUCGUAAUUUAGCAUUAGAAGAAAAUCAAAUGAAAGAAUAUCGACGUUUGAAAGAAGAAGCAGCUAAAAAAAUGACACAAUUUACUGAAGAAUAUGAUUCAAUUGAUCGUCAACAACAAGUUGAUAAAACAAAUCUUGAUCAAGAACAACGUAGUCAAAAAGAUCAUAUGGCUAGAAUAAAACAAACUGAAUUACGUAUUGAAGAAUUAAAUGGAAAAAUUGAUAAACUGGGUGGUUAUAUUGCUGAUCUUGAACGUGAAUUUAAUGAAAAACAAACCAAUGUACAAUUACUUGAAAAAGAAGUUACGGAAGGUCGAAAACGUUGUGCAGAACUUGAAGAAGAACUUGAUCAAGUUAAUAAAGAAAUUGGUGAAGCACGCUCUGAUCGAAAUGAAACUAGUCGUGCACAACGACGUGCUGAAUUAAUUGAAAAUCUUAAACAAUUUCCAGGCGUGUAUGGUCGUUUAAUCGAUCUUUGUGAACCAACUCAUAAACGUUUUCAAAUGGCAAUAACAAAAGUUCUUGGUCGUAAUAUGGAUUCGAUUGUUGUUGAACGUGAAACAACAGUUCAAUCAUGUUUACGUUAUAUGAAAGAACAUCGUUAUGAACCUGAAACAUUUUUACCGCUUGAUUAUAUAAAAGUAACACCAGUGAAUGAACAACUUCGAGAAUUACAAGAACCUAAAAAUGUUAAACUUGUUCUUGAUGUUAUUAAAUAUGAUAAACAAUAUUAUAAAGCAUUACUUUAUGCAUGUGGUAAUGCACUUGUUUGUGAUAAUGAUGAUGAUGCACGAAGACUUGCAUAUGAAAGUGGAAGUCAAAAGAAUAAAGUUGUUUCAUUAAAUGGUACACUUUUUAGUAAAUCAGGAGUUAUUUCAGGUGGAUCAAGUGAGUUAAAAGCUCGUGCUAAACGUUGGGAUGAAAAACAUCUUGAUGCAUUACGUGCACGUAAAGAUAAACUAUUUGAUGAAUAUAAAGAACAACAAAAGAAAAAACGACGUGAAGCAGAAUUAAUUAAUGCAAGAGCACAAUUACAACAACUUGAAAGUCGUUUACGUUAUUCAAGAACGGAUAAAGAAACAGCUGAAAAGAAACAAAGAAUUUUAAUUGACAAAGAUCUUGUCGAUUUUAAUGAUAAACUUGAUGCAUAUGAGCCUAAAAUCAAUGUAUUACAAGCAACGAUUGAUGAACGAGAAAAACGUAUAUCGAAAUUACGUGUACAAAAGAAUAAAAUUGAAGAUGCUAUAUUUGCUGAAUUUUGUAAACAAAUUCAUGUAUCAAAUAUUCGUGUUUAUGAAGAUCGUGAAUUACAAGCAGCUGAAAAACGUGCACAAGAACGUCUUGAAUUCGAAAAUCAAAUAACAAAAAUUCAAACAAUGCUUGAAUUUGAACGUUCACGUGAUACAGCAGGUCAUGUUGAAAAAAUUAAACACGAAGUAUCAACUUUAGAAGAUGCAUUACAAAAAUGUCAAAAAAAUGAAAAAAAAUAUCGUAAAGUAAUCGAAGAUCUUCAACAUGAAAUUGGUGAAAUCAAAGAUCGUUUACUUGAUCAAAAGAAAAAAAUUGAAUUUCAAGAACGUGAAAUAUCCGAUUGUACAAAACGUGCUGCACAAUUAAAUAAAGAUUAUAAUGAACAACGAAAACGAUUACAACUUAUUGAAAGUGACAUUGAAAAAUUACGCAUGGAUAGACAUAAUUAUUUUCGUACCGCUAAGAUUACUGAAAUUGUACUACCAUUUCGUGGUAAUGCUGGUUCAAUGGCUGCUAUUUCGCUUGCUGAAACAUCGUCAUCUGAUGAUACAAAUACUCAUACACAAUCAACAACGGAUUCAUCAACAAUAUCAAAUGGUGAUGGAAAUUCAACUAGUCAAUAUGAAACCAAACAAAUUUAUGAUAUGGAAGAUAAAUUCGAAUUAAAUUAUAAACGUUUACGUGAUGAUUUGAAAAAAAUUAAUUAUGAACAAGUUGAUAAAGAAGAAAAAUUAUUAAUUAAACAAAUGUCUGAUAUUGAAAUGCAAUUACAAAAACAUUUACCCCAAACAUCAGCUAUUGAUGCACGUUCACGUGAAGUUAAAACAACAUUUGAAUUAACAAAUGCAGAAUUUGAACGUGCACGUAAUGCAGCUAAGCGUGCACGACAAGCAUUUGAAAAAAUUAAAAAAGAACGUUAUGAUCGUUUUAAUUCAUUAUAUGAACAUGUUUCAACAUGUAUUGAUGAUAUUUAUAAAUCAUUAACAAAUUCACAAGCGGCUGUUGCUUGUUUAACUGCGGAAGAUGCGGAAGAACCAUAUCGUGGUGGGAUUACAUAUAAUUGUGUUGCACCUGGUAAACGUUUUCAAGCUAUGGAAAAUUUAUCUGGUGGAGAAAAAACUGUUGCAGCUAUUUGUCUUUUAUUUGCUUUGAGAAGCUUUAAACCAGCUCCAUUCUUUUUACUUGAUGAAGUUGAUGCUGCUCUUGAUAAUACAAAUAUUGGUAAAGUUGCUGAUUUUAUUCGUGAACAAUCAGCUUCUGAAUUUCAAUGUAUUGUUAUUUCACUUAAAGAACAAUUUUAUUCACGUGCUGAUGCACUUGUUGGUAUUUAUCCGGAGCCCGGCGAUUGUAUUACUAGUCAUUGCUUGACAUUAGAUUUAAAUCAAUUUGAUGAACGAGAAAAUAUUGCAAAUACACGUAGUUAA